GUACGUGGUCCACGCGCAUGACGUUUCGCCGGUUUCAAGACGCCACUACCGGCUACAUAAUCUUACUCGAGUUAGUCCUCUCACGUGGCGACAGUUCUUAUAACAGAAAAAUCUAACUCCAAUGGCUUGUUCACUUCUUUUUCGUAUUUCUGAGAACGAUUCCGUUCCAUUCGUCUGUUACUAAUGUUUCAAGAUUAUGCGACCAUUUCUUAACCUCAAAAACGUAAAUGUUAAAACGUCUUAUAAUUGAAAGUGAUAUAGUUUCCCGAUAAAUAUGCAAGCCGUGCGAGUAAUUGUGGUGGGUGCUGGUGCUUCUGGAAUUGCAACAGCGAGUCGUCUUUUAGAAAAUGGUUUUACAAAUAUCACAGUAUUAGAAGCAGAAAAUAGAAUCGGCGGUCGUAUUCACACUGAAAAUUUCGCUGAUGGAAUUGUCGAUAUGGGUGCUCAGUGGGUGCAUGGGGAAGAAGGAAAUGUUGUGUUCCAAAUGGCAAACCCACGGAACCUACUGACAGAAAGUAUUACUUCCCUUUUUGAUAGCACUACUGUGUAUGUGGAAUCAUCUGGCAGAGCUUUCAGAUUCCAAGAAAUGCCUGAUGUAUUUGAAAUACUUAGUAACAUUGAUAAGGACAGCAAGAUUUUUUUCAAGACAAAUACCGGUUCAGUAGGAGAUUACUUCAUUUCUGACAUAUUAGAUUGGUAUGAAAAGUUGGAGAACUCAAUUGAUGCUUCAGAUUCAUGGUUUGAAACAUCUGGCCAUGGUUUAACUCAGUAUUGGGAUUGUGAAGGAAAUUUACUUUGGAGUUGGAAGUCUGGAGGGUACAAAACAGUUCUUGAUUUGUUAAUGAAGAAAGACCUCACAGAAAAAAAAGAUCCACCUCUCCUAGCCAAGAUUCAUCUCAAUAAACAAGUAAAGAACAUCACAUGGGAUCAUUUAAUAGGUGAUAAAGAAGGCAAAGUUGUUGUUCUCUGUUCUGAUGGAUCUUCAUAUGUAGCUGAUCAUGUUGUAGUUACUGUAUCUCUAGGAGUUUUGAAAGAAAUGGCAAAUUCAUUAUUUUCUCCACCUCUACCUGAAGAAAAGUUGGUUUCAAUAAAGCAAACCCGCGACAAAAGUUGGUUGGAGGGUGUAUUUGGGUUCUGGGCUUUGGAUAAUCAACCUUUGGUAUUGUAUACUUGGGCUGUGGGAUCACAAGGAAAGCACAUGGAACAACUUACUGAAAGUGAAGUUGCCCAAGAUUUGAUGGAACUUCUGAAUAAGUAUUUAGGAAAGCAGUAUAAUAUACCUCAACCAGAUGAAAUCAAAAGGUCAACAUGGAUGUCGAAUCCCCAUUUUCAUGGUUCUUAUAGUUUCCGUAGCAUGGAAUCAGAUAGAUUGCAUGCUACUGCAUCCCAACUUGCCCGACCAGUGCUAAAUUCAUCUGGAAAAGAGGUUUUACUUUUUGCUGGAGAGGCAAGUCAUGAUCAUUAUUAUUCUACAGUACAUGGUGCAAUUGAAACAGGUUGGAGAGAAGCUGACAGACUCUUAAAACACUAUCGGCAGUUCAACACCUACAAAGCAGUUAUUAUUGGUGCAGGAAUUUCGGGAUUGGCUGCAGCAAAGACAUUGUUGGAAGGAGGAUUCAAUAAAAUACUAUUACUAGAAGCUCAAGAUAGACCAGGAGGGCGGAUUCUAUCACUACCAUAUGAAAAUGGAUGGUUAGAAGCUGGUGCUCAGUGGAUUCAUGGACAGAAUAGCGCUGUAUGGAGACUUGCCAACCAAUUCGGCCUUUUGUCAGAUGUAAUAUCUGCAGAAGGAGAAGGCUUGUACCUUAGAGAGGAUGGGGUUCUAAUAGAACCUCGUAUUGUUCAUGAAGUAUAUAGUGUUGUAAGUGACAUUUUGGAAGAGUGUGAAUCAUUAGUGAAUAGAAAUAGUUUUGAUGAAGAUGUACCAAAAUCAAUAGGUCAUCACUUAAAACAAAGAUUUAUUGAAUAUUUAGAGAACUGUGACAGUGAUACUGAGGAUGUGAAAAAUAUGAAAUAUGAAGUAUAUGAUUGGCAUGUCAGAUUUCAAGUUAUUGAUAACUCUUGUACAGUUUUGGACAAACUUUCUGCUAGAGCAUGGGGAAAGUAUAAUUUUUGUGGAGGAACAGAUUAUGUAAAUUUUAAAGGAGGUUACAGUUCUUUAAUCAGAAGUAUUGUUGAAACUCUUCCGCAUGGGGUAUUAAAAUUGCAAUGUCCAGUUAAAAGAAUUUCCUGGAAGAAUGUUAGUGAUAAUUCUAGUAAAAAAGAGUCAGAAGAAAAAAUAAAAAGUAAAAAUGAUCUUAAUGGUGAAGAAUGUGAAAAAAGUAACUUGAAUUCAGAUUGUAUUAAAGACAACAGUGAUAGAAAUAUACAUUUAAAGAGUAAAAAUGAUCAAGACAAAACUGAGUGCUUGGUGAAGAUUGAUUGUGAAGAUGGAACCUCUGUAUAUGCUGAUCAUGUUAUAAUAACUUGUUCUUUAGGGUAUCUGAAAGAAAAUUACAAAAAAAUGUUUUCUCCUGAGUUACCUGAUAAAAUAUGUAAGGCCAUAGAAGAUUUAGGAUUUGCAACAAUAAACAAGAUUUAUUUGGCUUAUGAGGAGCCUUGGUGGGACAAAGACACAAAAGGAUUUCAGCUUAUCUGGUUGAAAAACCAUACAAAUGAGUCGGAUUACUCAGAGGCUGCUGCUUGGACACGUGAUUUGACUGGUUUUGAUGUACUUCCUAAUCACAAAGCAGUACUAUUAGGAUGGGUAGGAGGUAGAGGUGCAGAACUUGUAGAAAAUUUCUCAGAAACGGAAAUUGCGAUACAUUGUACAGAGCUUCUAAGAACAUUUACACAGCAAGCUAAUAUUCCUAAACCUCACAAAGUGAUCAGAACUUCAUGGUAUGGAAAUCCUUAUAUUCGAGGAGCAUACAGUAAUACAUCAAUAUCAUGUGAUGUAUCAAAAGUGGGACCAUCAACGUUGUCCGAUCCUGUGUAUGCUGAAACAAGCCCCAUUAAUUCAUCAUUCUCUACUGAACAACGUCCUGUCUUAUUGUUUGCUGGUGAAGCAACACAUGAAACACACUUUUCAACAACUCAUGGAGCAUUUGAAUCCGGACAAAAACAGGCUGAAGUUAUUCUUGCCUACAAUCAAUUACAUUCAAAACUUUAAUUCAAUGUUUUUUUAAUCUCUUUAGGUAUUAUUCUUAUUUAAUUAAUAAAUAUUUUUUGUGUGUGAGGAUACUUGACCAUUUGCAAAGAUUAGUCAAAUGAAAUAAACCUUUUUUUUUCUUCUAAUUUUAUUGCCAAUGACAUUACAUUGGUUGCAUGUGGCCACAAUACUGUUAUGAAAUAAAAUUAUAUGUUUUUUCUUCAUUUGGGAAAUUUAUAGCAAGUGUAAGGCUGGUCAAGGCUCAUGAAGGUAAAGUUGAACACUUAAAGUAGCUUCUAUCUUGAUCAUCUCCAUUUUCUUCCUUUGUUAUUAAAAUUAAAUACAUUUAAUAAUGUAAUAUCUGUAUAUUUGAAAAUUAAAAUAACAGAAAAUGAGAAUUAUAAUUAAUACUUUCAGAUCUAAUACAAUUAAUACACAUUUUCUUUAAAGCCUGCCUCAAGUUCUGAUCAUAAUUAGAAUUUAGGAGAAGAAAAAAGUUCCCUAAAUAGAAGUUAGUUUUAAUUUGCUGUACUGAAUUAAAUGAGUUUUUAUAUUCGUGUUUGAUUUUUCUUAUUGUGUACACAGCAGAAUAUAUUUUUACUACAUAUUUUAUUUUAUUUUUUUAUUAAUACUUUCCACUGCAUAUAAGGGUCCUAAUUAGGUAAAUGUAUUUACAAUGGUUUCUAAUAUUUUUAUAUCAUUUAUGUUAUGAUUUACAUUUGUUGAAAGUAAAAAAAAUGCAAUUGUUCAGAUGUAUAAAUCAUGAAGUGUACAAGAGUAAUAUGAUGUAAAAUUAUAAUUAAGUUUUAAUGUUUGUGUAAAGAUUAAAUAUUUAUUACCUGUCAGUUUUUUCAAUCUGACUUGUGUAUUAAUGUUGAGAAUAAUGUUUAAACAUAUUUGUCUUUGUACAAGAUUGUCAUUUUAAACAAAUAUUAAUUAAAUAUAUUAUUGACUGCAAGAAAACUGAGUAUUUAAAUA